AGGUCAACAAUGCCACUUUGGCUUAGCAAGUCCUAUAAAGUUGUAGAGACAAUGUUGAAAAAAGAAAUCAAGCAGAGUACCCGAACACCAGCCAUGCCCAAGUGCUAUGAGCAGCAGCAACUCUGGGUUGGGGAUGCUUCACCCUUUCUGAUGUUGCUGAUGCAACCCAACAUUGCCGUCAAGCCCUCAAUAUUCCAUCGACCAGCCUUCUUUGUUUGGCUCCCACACUGUUUGCUGGGUGACCGCAUUCCCUGCCCUCAAUGCAAAGCAAACAACAAGCUGACGAACCAAGGAAAGCCAGUUUUUCUUCAGCAGCUUGGAUGGAUUGGAAAGCCUCAACGUGUGGUUGAUGUAGCUCAGAAUGUCUACAUCAUUGGGUACCGCUAUAACUGUGUCCACCCUGGAUGCCGCAAAACAUAUCAAAGCUGGAGCUCCGCAAUUCUCAAUGUUCUUCCUGCACCAGUGGCCAUGCAAUUCCCCUUCCAAUUGACUUACCGCAGUGGGCUCUCAAAUAGCCUCGUUUCGCUUUUGCACUCCUCGAUCAGGGCAGGGAUAGGACCAAUGCCAUCCAUGCAGAUGUUGCAGUCAUUCCACUACGAACACUUCAACAAUCUUCACCUUCAAUACCUGGAGCUUGUGCAUGACUGCUACAAAAGUUGUCCGAAACAGUUUUGGGUCCGCAAGCAAGCAUUUGGCUCGUUCAGUGACCGAAAUGGCUAUGCUGGAUUUGUACCAAGUGCAGGGUACCUCCGUCACUUUUAUGACAUGAUUAUCGAAUGGCGAUCGACAGAGAUGAAACAGUGUAUUGCCAUGCUCCCGGUGAGAGUGCUCGCAAUUGACCAUAGCUUUAAGAUUAUCAAAUGGCUCGGUAGGGUGGGCAGUGCUCCCCUAUUCACUGCACUUCAUACUGUGGUGAACAAGUACUCCGAGAUUCGGUCCAUGCUCUUCACAAUGAUGAAGGGACAUGAUCAAUACAUGCCCAAUCUGUGCGAAAUCAGCGAGUCACUGGUGAAGUUUGGACAUCCAGAGGUCCAGGCCGUUUUCACCAAUAACGUCCAUGCAGACAAAAACAAACUUGAGCGAGUGUUCCCGUCCCUCUUGAAAGAUGUUGUCCCCGUCCUCCCACAUAGUUCCCUUCCCCUGCUUGAAUUUCCUCGUGGAUCAUGGACCAUCGUCGAGCUGAGCAACACCCAUCAAGUCAAUCACCGCUUUGAUGUCAUCAUGAACCACCGAACGACGACAAAUCCAAACGUUAUGGUUGCAUUCGACAUGGAAUGA